GUGCGCAACGUGUUCUUUUCCAUUGUUUUCAUUUUCGGGGGGCACUGUAUAGUUUUGUUUAUUUUCCAUUCCGCGCUCCCAUCGUGUGAAAGUGCAGCUUGGCUGGCUCGGAUUUUUUUUAACCGUCUCUAAUAGUUGUAAUUUGCACUAAUUACGGCCGCAAUGAACGAUUUCGGGCAUUUCGCUAAGUCGCAUGGCCCCAAGUUGGUGCCAUUCCUGGUGACCCUCGUGCUGUACUUCUCGCUGGUGAGGAAGGAUCCUCAAGGAGAGCUAUGGACCACCGUGCUCAAAUGCCUGCCCAUUUUCGCCCUAGUAUUCUAUGUGGUGGCCAAGGGAAUCUCGCUCAAGAAGGAAUACCGUCGCUCACUUUGGAUUCUUUUGGGUCUGGUUUUCUCGAGCGGUGGUGAUGCUCUGCUCAACAUAAAUCUCUUUCCCUUCGGAAUGAUCUCCUUUGGAGUGGCGCACGUGUUUUAUAUCAGCGCCUUUGGCUGGAAGCCCGUAAAGUGGUUCAUUGGACUGGUCUUGUACGUGGCCGUAUCAUUUUUUGUUUACUUCGUGCACACGAAACUGGACGAGAUUCUCAUCAUCGGAGUGCCCAUCUACUGUUUCCUGAUCACCACAAUGCUGUGGAGAUCGCUGGCCCGCGCCGUGGACUCCAGGAACUUCCUCGCCGUGUUCUGUGCCAUCGGAGCCAUUCUGUUUGUGAUCUCCGACGCCCUGAUCGCGGUCACCAUGUUCGUGGGCGUGCCCCUGCCCUGCGCCCGCCUCCAGAUCAUGAUCACCUACUACGCCGCCCAGUUCGCCAUCGCGCUCAGCACCGCGGACGACGGUCCUGCCCUCCAGCGCUCCUUUCGCAAGAAAAUUAAGUGAAGCCAGUGCCCAGUGCUCAUCUGUCGGAUACCCGGAGACAACAUGAACGCAACCACCAAACUUAGUACUUCCAAAGCGUCUAGAGUAUUGCCAUUUACGUGUGUUGGUUUCCCCAUCCCAGUAGCUUAGUGCAACCAAAUAUUUGUUCCUUUUCUGGUGGAUGUGGAAACGUAUCUUAGUAGUUUACUAGAUGUUUGUUGACUUCAAAGUAAUAAAUAUAUUAAUAAUAGGUU